AUGGCCAUACAUAAAUCUCUCUCCCUCGCUUUUCUCCUCUUUUUCCUACCCUUUCUUUCUUCUUCCCAUGCAACAAUAUCAUCUGCAACAGCAGGACUGCCAGAAGCAGAGGCUCUCCUGAAAUGGAAAGCCAGCCUCUCACCAGCACAAGUUCUCCACUCAUGGUCACUUCCUGCUACUAAUGCCAGCACCAACACCGUAUCUCCAUGCAAAUGGACUGGGAUCUCAUGCAACAGCCUUGGAAGUGUAACAGAGAUAAGCCUACCGAGUGCAGGCUUGCAAGGUAAGCUCGACAACUUGAGCUUCCCCUCAUUUCCAAACCUCAUUCAUCUCAAUCUCAGUGGCAACACUCUCAUUGGAACCAUCCCAGCUCAUAUCGGCACUCUUUACAAACUCAUGUCCCUCGAUCUGUCUGCAAAUAGUAUAAGUGGAUCAAUACCCCUAGAUAUAGGGAAUCUUGUGAAUUUGAAUGAGCUAGACUUGUCCAUUAACCACCUAGAUGCUUCUAUCCCUUCCACUUUAGGGAACUUGUCAAAUCUUUCCAUCUUGUACCUGGACCAAAAUCGAAUCUCUGGCUCCAUUCCUCCACAAAUUGGGAAUCUAAAAGAUCUGGUUCAGUUGUCAUUGUUCCAGAACAAUCUGACUGGUCCAAUUCCUCCUGCUUUGGGUUCUAUCCCUUCUACUUUAGGGAACUUGUCAAAUCUUUCCAUCUUGUACCUGCACCAAAAUCGAAUCUCUGGCUCCAUUCCUCCACAAAUUGGGAAUCUAAAAGAUCUGGUUCAGUUGUCAUUGUUCCAGAACAAUCUGACCGGUCCAAUUCCUCCUGCUUUGGGUAAUUUGAGAAACCUUACAUUGUUGCUCGUCUACCGCAAUCAAAUUUCUGGUUCAAUUCCUCCACAAUUUGGGAAUUUAACGAAUCUCGAUAAUCUUGAUCUAUCCAAUAACAGUCUAACAGUUCUAUUCCUCCGGAACUCGGGAAUUUAA